UUCACUCCUUUCUAUGGCUGAAUAAUAUGAAUAAUAACCAGGUGUAGGAAUAUACCACAUUUUGUUUCUCUAUUAGUUUAUGGGCAUUUGGGUUCCCCCCACUUUUUGGCUUCGUAGACCUUAAGGUCUGUUCCUGCACUGAACUCUGCAUCUGAGGUGCAAACAUUUUAAAACUAAAUUUAAUUCUGGGAGUGGGUCAAGUAUUUCAGUGACCUCAGUUUAGGAAAGUUUUUCUUUUUAAAGUGUUCUCAGUUUACCACUGGUUAAACAAUUAAUUGUAGUGGUAAUAAGCAGAGAAAUGUUUGUGUGCAGUUCUCAUCAGAAAUGCUGCUGUGUAAUGUAUGUCAGAACCUGUUAUCUUGUGUGUGGAGGAACUGGGUGUAGUUGGAGAUGAGUAUAUGAAAAUGUAACCCAGAUAGCUGUGGGAGAGUGGUUUUACCUUAAAGAAACCCACAGUUGCUCUUUUACUUGUCAAGUCUGUAUUUACGAAUUUAUCUACUCAGUAAGAUUUCUUUCGAAUCCUAAAUCCCAAAUCAAUACUCAGGGCACUUUUGCAGAUGUGCAGAAUUCCGAAAAAUUUCAGUUGCUCCAUGUGAAUGUGCCCAGUUGAAGUUAAACCAGGCGAUGCUCUGCCUUCUUGUUUCGACUUUCAUACUGGAAAUGAGAGUCCUUGUUGCAGAGGUCCACUAGAAUCGACAUGUCUGGGACUGAGGAAGCAAUUCUUGGAGGCCGUGACAGCCAUCCUUCUGCUGGUGGCAACUCUGUAUUAUGCUUUGGACAGUACCAGUACACAGCAGAGGAGUACCAGGCCAUCCAGAUUGCUCUGAGGCAGAGGCUGGGCCCAGAAUACAUAAGUAGCCGCAUGGCUGGGGGAGGCCAGAAGGUGUGUUACAUUGAAGGUCACAGGGUAAUUAAUCUGGCCAAUGAGAUGUUUGGUUACAAUGGCUGGGCACAUUCUAUCACACAGCAGAAUGUGGAUUUUGUUGACUUUAACAACGGCAAGUUCUACGUGGGAGUCUGUGCAUUUGUGCGAGUCCAGUUGAAGGAUGGUUCGUAUCAUGAAGAUGUGGGCUAUGGUGUUAGUGAGGGCCUCAAGUCCAAAGCCUUGUCUUUGGAGAAGGCAAGGAAGGAGGCAGUGACAGAUGGGCUGAAGCGAGCGCUGAGAAGCUUUGGGAAUGCACUUGGAAAUUGUAUUCUGGACAAAGACUAUCUGAGGUCACUAAAUAAGCUUCCACGCCAGUUGCCUCUUGAAGUGGAUUUAACUAAAGCAAAGAGACAAGAUUUUGAACCAUCUGUGGAACAAGCGAGAUACAGCAGCUGCCGACAGAAUGUGGCUCUGGGGCCCACAAAACCACAGGAGGUCACCUCCCCUAGCAGACCAAGCCACUCAGAUGAUCCCCACAUUGUGAUGCAGGGCAGUAAGGACAGCAGCUCCCGAAGCCUGGCUUCCUCUGCUGCAGGGAGCGAUGCCACUUACCAGCGGAAGCUCCGGCAGAAACAGUUGCAGCAGCAGUUCCGGGAGCAAAUGGAGAAACAGCAGCAAGUUCAACAAUCUGCUCCAUCCGUUGAAAAGAAUCAGGCAGAGCCACCGGCGCCUCCUGUGAAGCACAGCACUCCCGUAGCUGUUGGUGUGGAACCACUCACCGAGAAAGACUUCCCUGCAGACAGUUUUGAAAUGUGGGAUAUGACUCCAGAUGCAGGAGACAGUGUUGCCAAGCACUUGUCUAUACCAGAACCACAGCAGAGUGUUGCCACACCAGUCCUAAAGAACCAGAUGGUGACCCGGAGCAGGACCCCACAAAGCCUUUGCCACCAGAACCCACAAGCAAAAUCUGAAACUUGGCACCUCCACACUCCCAACGUUAACCAACACCUAACAGGAAGCUGUGAUCCCUAUAGGAAGAACCAGGACACGAAGAAAAGGAAACUGGAUCCGUCUUAACAGAGGCUCAGGUCACGUCACCAGACUGUCAUAGAGGGACUUUUAGAAAACUGUUUUUUGGCCAUGAAAUUGUUCAUCAUUCCUAGGGAAUGAGCUUUAUUUCCAAGGAUUUACCUUGCUUCAUUCUGAACUUUUCCAGAGGAUUUGACUACUAGAGCCUACUGCAGAUAAGACUGAGCAGCUGGAAAACAAGUAACUUUAAAAAAGCUUGUGGCACACUGCAGUAGGCUUUGGGGAGAUUAAAUACCGUUUCUUGGGCUUCUGAGGCUCUUCAUUAUUUAUUCCUGUUAUCUUAAUAAAAACAGAACUUUUAGGAAUCACCAGUGGCUGAAAGUAAUAUAAGCCAUACCACUAAGCACCAACUUUUAACAACUACCUACAUGAAAUUACUGAGUAUCUCUGCCUUCUUUCACAAGAGGGCUCCAAGUUCCAGUGCUGCCCACAUGGGGACUGUGCAUCACGCUGAGAACAAAGCCCGGAGUGGUGUUUUACUCCUGCGCAUCAUCCAGGCUGUGAUCUCAUCCAUGAUAAUCUCGUUUAAUUACGGAAACUGAUCUAAGGCCAGAGAAAAGGCAUUUCAAGAGUGCAAAAUAAGUCCAUUACUACUUGGUAACAAAAUAAGAAAUAUAAGUAGCUGCUUAUAUUUCCCCAUUUCAGAUGUGAUAUAACCCCCUUAACAUUAUUAAACUGUUUUUCCAUCAUGCUUA